AUGGCGAACGAAGGUCAAGCUUCGACCUCCUCCAACGCCUUCUCCUUCAUUUCAAAGGGGUGGAGGGAGGUGAAGGACUCGGCUGACGCGGAUCUCCAAUUGAUGAAGCACCGGGCCAACGAGUUUAAGAACCUAGCGACGUCGUUCGACCGCGAGCUCGAGAACCUGUUCAAAUUCAACUCGGCGUCGGCGAUUCGGUCGUCGCCGCGGUCGGAGAUAGACUUCGUCAAGAAGCUACAGCCGAAGCUCUCCGAGUUUCGGAGGGUGUACUCGUCGCCGGACUUCAGCAAGAAGGUGCUGGAGAAGUGGGGCCCGAGGUCCAGGAUUCGGAUCGAUUUAUCGGCGAUAAAGAAUGCCUUGGUAUCGGAGGGGGAGAACAGGGAUGGGGUUAUGGAAUUUGAUAGGGUUAGGAGGGGGAGGCCUCUGAAGUUUAGUGAGUUUUGGGGUGAGUGGAAAGGAGACGGUGAGGCUGAGGAUGAGGAAAGGCAGUCUAAUAAGGAUUGGGAACCAAUUCGGGCGUUGAAGACGAGAUUGAAAGAGUUCGAGAAGCGAGAAUUUCUUGGUGGGUUUAAGAAUAGUGAGUUUGUUGAGAAAUUCAAAUCCAGCUUGAAAUCAAUGUACAAGGAACCUGAGGAGUCAAAGGCAGUACCUCCAUUGGAUGUGACAGAACUUUUGGCAUGCUUGGUUAGGCAAUCUGAGCCUUUUCUGGAUCAACUUGGUGUUAGAAGAAAUGUAUGUGAGAAAAUAGUGGAAAGCUUGUGUAGCAAAAGCAAGAACCAACUUCUGCACCCCCUUUCUUCCGGAGAGUCAUCUGUUCUAGACAGUGAAAACAUAAAUGAUGAAUUAGACUUAAGGAUAGCCAGCGUCCUCCAGAGCACAGGGCAUUCUUAUGAUGGUGGGUUUUGGACAGACCAUGCAAAGAAUGACCCAUCAGACCAGAAACGACAUGUUGCUAUUGUCACAACUGCUAGUCUUCCUUGGAUGACUGGAACUGCUGUGAAUCCGCUGUUUCGUGCUGCAUAUCUUGCAGAGUCUGCAAAACAAAAUGUUACAUUAUUAGUUCCGUGGCUUUGUAAAUCAGAUCAAGAACUAGUAUAUCCUAGCGACGUCACUUUUACUUCACCAGAAGAGCAGGAAACUUAUAUCCGUAACUGGCUUGAGGAAAGAGUUGGCUUUAAGGCUGACUUUAAGAUCUCUUUUUAUCCAGGAAAGUUUUCAAAAGAAAGGCGAAGCAUUAUACCAGCUGGAGACACUUCUCAGUUUAUUCCGUCCAAGGAUGCUGACAUUGCUAUCCUCGAAGAACCAGAACACUUGAAUUGGUACCAUCAUGGUAAGCGUUGGACUGAUAAAUUUAACCAUGUUGUUGGUGUUGUUCACACAAAUUACUUGGAAUAUAUCAAGAGGGAGAAGAAUGGAGCUCUGCAAGCAUUCUUUGUGAAGCACAUAAACAAUUGGGUUACAAGAGCAUAUUGCGACAAGGUUCUUCGCCUUUCAGCUGCCACGCAGGAUUUACCUAGGUCUGAGAUUUGCAAUGUCCACGGUGUGAAUCCCAAGUUCUUGAGAAUUGGAGAAAAGGUGGCCGCAGAUAGGGAACUUGGACAGGAAACAUUCUCAAAAGGAGCAUAUUUCUUAGGGAAGAUGGUAUGGGCAAAGGGAUACCGUGAGCUGAUAGAUUUGUUGGCAAAGCAUAAGAAUAACCUUGAUGGUUUCAAGUUGGACGUGUAUGGGAAUGGAGAGGAUGCCAAUGAAGUUCAGAGUACAGCUAAAAGCUUGGAUUUGAAUCUCAAUUUUCUGAAAGGAAGAGACCAUGCAGAUGAUUCUCUUCACGGGUACAAAGUCUUCAUAAAUCCCAGUGUUAGUGAUGUACUCUGCACGGCUACUGCUGAGGCGCUUGCCAUGGGCAAAUUUGUAGUUUGUGCGAAUCAUCCAUCAAAUGAGUUCUUCAGAUCAUUUCCUAAUUGUUUGACCUAUGAAACACCUGAGGACUUUGUUGCAAAAGUGAAGGAAGCAAUGGAAAGUGACCCUAAGCCCCUUACUCCGGAGCAAAGAUACAAUCUAUCAUGGGAAGCUGCUACCCAGAGAUUCAUGGAGUACUCCGAUCUUGAUAAAGUCUUGAAUAAAGACAACAACGGUGCAAAAUCAAGCAUAGGCAAUGGAAAGAAGAUCUCAAAGUCGGUAUCAGUGCCUAGCUUGACGGGUAUGGUCGAUGGUGGUUUGGCAUUUGCCCACUACUGUCUCACUGGGAAUGAAUUCCUUCGACUGUGCACAGGGGCAAUACCCGGAACCCGUGACUACGACAAACAACACUGUAAAGACCUUCACCUCUUGCCGCCUCACGUAGAGAAUCCAAUUUAUGGCUGGGAUGGGAUGUAUGCACUAUUGGAGCACGGAUUUUGGUAG